CUGUGCGUCUCCGUCCGCCAUCACUGUUGUACCGGGUAUCACGUUAUUUUGUUGUUGUUGUUGUUGUUAGGGGUUUUUUUUGUUCUUUUUUGGCAACCGGACUCAUUCUUAUUCCUAUUAUUUCACUGAAUUUGUUUUAGCGAGCGUAUCAGCGUCAGAGCGUCAGCGCCGUAAAAAGUGCGUUUGCGUUUCCGUUGCGCGUCGCGCGCCGUGAUUUCUGCACAGCCGCCGCGCCCGAAAUUCAGCGUUUCUCUCUGACUUUUCAUCCGUGCGGCGAAUUUAAAAGGAAGAGGAGGGAACUGAAAGAGGUGUCCGGAGAAAAGGGAUGGAGAUCGAGCGCUGAUAACGGAUGAAGUCUGGAAACGUGAGACAGAUUUGUUUUUUUUUUUGUAAUCGGCUCAAAGCAGAAAGUUGUGGCUCGGUGUUCGGCUCACUGAACGGACCCGGACUUACCUCGCCGCUUUUUACCGUUUGAGACAAAGUAUAACAUAAAACGUCAGGGAACAGGAAAAAACUGGCUCGGAUAAAUUCCCAUAAAUCCCUUAAUCUUCACCCGGAGAUCGUAUAUCAAGUGGUACUUUAGUUUUAAAAUGUUCGGUUCCCCUCAGGCCGUCCCGAAAUAAGCUUCUUUCGCUUCCGGUAUCAUCCGAAGAUACCGAGCCGCUCGCGCUCCCUCUCUUACGCUUUUUUUUUUUUUUGGAAACUUUUUUGUCUGAAGGAGAAAAAUGGGUCUUUGAGACUGUUGGCACUUUUCCCCGCUUCACAAUGGCUACCGAAUCAUUUCUGGUGAAUGAAGACCCGUCCAGAGGUCCUGGGAUGCCGGAAUGCUUUGUUGUGUCUGAUUCCUACCGGGAUGAGUUCCAUCCGUUUAUCGAGGCGCUGCUGCCGCAUGUGCGUGCCUUCUCCUACACCUGGUUCAACCUGCAGGCGCGCAAGCGCAAGUACUUCAAGAAGCACGAGAAGCGUAUGUCGAAGGAUGAGGAGAGGGCAGUGAAGGACGAGCUGUUGGGCGAGAAACCUGAAAUCAAGCAGAAGUGGGCAUCGCGUCUGCUGGCCAAGCUGCGCAAGGACAUCCGGCCCGAGUUCCGUGAGGACUUUGUGCUCACCGUUACGGGCAAGAAGGCUCCAUGCUGCGUGCUCUCCAACCCUGACCAGAAAGGCAAAAUCCGCCGCAUCGACUGCCUCCGUCAGGCCGAUAAGGUGUGGAGGCUCGACCUGGUGAUGGUCAUCCUGUUCAAGGGCAGCCCGCUGGAGAGCACGGACGGCGAGAGGCUCGUCAAAUCGCCCCAGUGCACCAACCACGGUCUGUGUGUCCAACCACAUCACAUCGGAGUCUCUGUUAAAGAGCUCGACCUCUACCUGGCCUACUUCGUCCACACACCAGAAUCUGGACAAUCAGAGAACUCCAACCAGCAAGGAGAAGCAGACGUCAAGCCACCACCCAAUGGACACUUGAGUUUCCAGGACUGCUUUGUGACUUCAGGAGUGUGGAACGUGGCCGAGCUGGUCCGCGUGUCACAGACUCCAGUUGCCACGGCUACCGGGCCCAACUUCUCCCUGGCCGACCUGGACAGUCCUGGAUAUUACAACAUCAACCUGGGUCGCCGGUCCAUCACGUCCACCCCAUCGACCAGCUCAAACAAGCGCAAGUCCAUUGAUGACAGUGAAAUGGAGAGCCCAGUGGAUGAUGUGUUCUACUCGGGCCGUUCCCCUGCACCCGGAGGCUCACAGCCCAGUGGUUGGCCUAAUGAUGUAGAUGCAGUGCAGCACCAUUUGGCCAGUAUGCAGGAGAGGAAGAUUAAACAUGAGAGCGAUGGCGUGCAGUUUCCUUACCAUGGACUCUCGUCGCCUGGUUCUCUUAAGAAGCCUGGGAAAUUCGAUUUCAGCGCUCUGUCCGGCCAGACGAGGUCUGCCCGCAUGCCGUUCACCCACCACCCACUGCCCAUGCUGGCAGGAGUGAGACCAGGGAGCCCCCGUGCCUCAGCCUCAUCUCUGCACUUUCCCUCUCCCUCCAUCAUCCAGCAGUCGAGCCCUUACUUCACUCACCCCACCAUCCGCUACCACCACCACCCGGGGCAGGACCCACUCAAAGAGUUUGUGCAGUUUGUGUGUGCUGAUGGACCGGGCCAAGCUGGAGGUCAGCAUACUCCACGCCAGGCUCCACAACUCCCAACAGGUUUGUCAGCAUCGGAUCACGGGACAACAACUUUCUAAAUAUCCCCCAGCAGACACAAUCUUGGUUCCUCUGACAAAAUCUGCCUGCCAAAAAGAAAUUAAAAUCCCAUCUCUACAAUCUGGAAUCUUGAAUCAGGACACACAAAAAAUCCACCUAAAAUUGCCCUCGUGCCCUAUUGGCCCAAUAGUACAACAAAGAAAACCAGCAAAUCUUCUUAUCAUUUGGAAACAUUCUGAUCCUGUCGACUCACGGCAAUGACCCCUCCCCCUUUUUUAACAAGAGGAUUGUGUGACAUUUUGAAGGAGGACAUGGAGUCUCACAAAAGCCACAGAAAGACAACAACAAAAAGCAGAAACACAAAAGAACAACCCGAAGAGGAAGAAAAAAAAACAAGAAUCUGUUACUCGAUAUUGAUCUGAUAUUGUGCAAUGGCUGGGGACAUCAACAAUGGUGAGGUUUUAAUAAUAAUAAUAAUAAUUAUAAUAAUAAUAAAGUAAACAAACUUAGUUUUAGAAACUAUCGGGACACUAAAUAAUCAAAAUGUUAAGCAUCCUGACAUCUAGUAUGGAGCUAAUCGUCCCUUCUGACACCAUUUGUAGUUCAGAGUAGAAUUUGGUCUCGAUGUGUCCAUUCCUUUGACAGCCAUUUUAACAACUAAUUACUAAUCAAAAACACAAUCACACAAAAUAAAAACCUAAAGUAUUGCACUAGAAAAAGGAAAGUGAAAAUGAAACACUACUCUCAUGUCCUAUAUUGAAAAUAGGAGAGACUGAGAAAAAAAAAAUGUUUGCACACAAUCUUUAAACGUGAACAUGGACAUAGACACACUAAAGUUAAUGUUGGAUGUAAGUCAACAGUCAUAGUGGACAGUAUCCCAUUUUAGGCUGAAGUAGGAGUACACGCUAUGAUCUAGACAAAAACUACCUAUGGAGUCUGUCCAAUUAAAAAUAACCUAAUUCAGGCCUUAUACUCGCCCUUAGUGCCAAUUGAAAGCCGACUGUAAUGCCAGCCCUAACACACAUACAUAAACACACAGACACACACACUUAAUUUCACUGCCAUGUCUCUGAGCUGCUGCCAAGAAAUAGUCACAUUUUUAUAUUUCUUUCCUGCUUUACAUUCCAAAUCAGAAACCAUUGCAAUGCCUUACAAUCUCAAGAAACAUUUUAGGACAUCAGUUUAUAUUCAAGCUUAUUAUGUUGUCGUUGAAGUUCACACAGCAUCUUGCAAAAGAAAAGCGUUUGUCCUAUCAGCAAGAGUUCAAUUCCCAACAAUUCUACAGCCAUCCAGAUCCCUUCUGUGCACUUCUGCAUGUUUUCAACCGCCCUGUGGUGUAAACAUGAGUGGCAUUUCAUGACAGCAUGUGAUAUGAAGCCUUAACCCUAUCUGGUUGGUAGCUGUUAAUCUACAGGGUUAAACUAGGUAGUGGUUGGAAACUGACAAAAUGAGAAAAUUGGAGGAAAUGGAAUAAAAAUCAUUCUCCCACCACUCAAAAUGAAGUGCUGAACACUACAAAUAGAGAGUUCUUUCGAUACAGCAUUUGUGACUGGAACCAGGGGUCACAAUAUCUAUAUUCCUUACUUUUUUCCUUCCUUAUUAGUACCUUAUUACUAACUGCCUACUUUCAUAGGUUUGAUUUACAUUAUAAGCAGCCAAUCGCAUCAACCCACCACACACAAUUUCCAACAAAACUGGUGUACAAUUGUUUUUACACAGAAAAGAUUGCAGAAGAUUCUAACGAGAGAACCUAUAUGGUGGAGAAUCAGACGCUUCAAAUGUGUCAAACGUCUGGUUCCUGUCACUACUAUUGUGAACAAUUAUUAUAUGAUUAAGUACAAGUUUCUCAAGAAUGCUAUGAUUUUUUUUUUUUAAUCAAAACCACUGGAUAGACUCAGCGGGGAUAUCUGCUUUAACGGCUAGUCGAGACACCCCAUCCUCUUUGUACUGUUUACUCUCCCAGACGGCUGUGUUCCAAGAACGCAAGGCCACACUGUGGAGCAAAAGAGUGUUAUAGCUGUGUGCAGAAGAAGAGGGGUAUGUCAUGGCCAUUAACAUCAGACAUUGCUUCAUCGGCUAUGUUCACAUCCUGUUUAGUGAUUCACGACAUUUAUUAAAGGCAGAAAGCUCAGAGCAUGGCCUCAGACUCUCUCACACACUCUUACACAGACACACACACACACACACACACCUUCCACUGACUGAUUUAAAGGGAAGCCUUGGUUUUAAUGCAGGGCAAUCCUUUUCUGCCUUCACAUAAUCGUGCUGAAAUUGUCAUAAAUCAGCUUGUUUUACCGUCAAUUUUAUUUUUAGUGGCAUUAUUCGAAUCACCGAUCUCACAAAAUAACUGGACUGCCUGAUUCUGUGUCUCACUGCAGGGAAGCGUGGUUGCCGAAAGGCGGCCAUGUCAUCAGCGUAGUAGAGGACUAGCAUUGCUAAAAUGAGAAUUAAUGAUGGCGAUGGACUUUUCUUUUCUAAUCAAUGGAAGUGCCUCUGUAUUCCCAUUAUGCAAUUUGUUAAACAUGAAUUCAGGUUAUUUUCUCACAUAUAAGCUAUAGAGGAAGAAAUUUUUAUGUCUGGAGCAAAACAAGUGGCAAGUGACAGCUCACUAAUUACAGACAUCUUUAUAUAUACAGGAGAUAUCCAUAUAUAUUUAUAUAAACAUUUUUUUUUUGUUCACAUAAUAAGCUCAGUGGCAGUCUAGUUAUUUUCUGAAGUAUGGCAGCAUUUCGAUUAAUAAAAUGAGUUUUUUUUUUUUAAGUAGUACCAGUCUCAAAACCCAGUUUAUACACUCAACAUAGGAAAAGCCCAACAAGAAAAGUCCCUGAAAAAUUAAAAAAAAAAAAAAAAAAAUAGAAAAUGUAUUUCUAUAGUAAACAGUAUCAGUAGUGUUGAGGAGAAAGAUGUGGCUUUUGAGUUCUUUUGUGUUUGGAUGGGAAGUAUUUGUAAUUGAAAAAUAAUGUAUGUUGAUUGAGCCAUGUGCAAUGCCUUGGGUAGAGAAAUGUGUUUGUCUGUUAGAUUGUUAGAGGGUGUGAUAGAAGAGGGGAAAAAUACCCUUCUGUUAUUGUUUCAAGUCCAAAUGGUCCGGGACUCUAAACUACAGGGCAGAGAGAAAAAAAAAAAGUCUUUGUAAGUUUUGGGAGUUUUUUAAUCUUUCUUUCUUUUUUUUAAUAGCCUUUUUUCCUUUUUUUAAUGUUUAUUUGUAAUGAUUUGUGCUCAAAACUUGGGAGGGCUGAAGAAACAGUUUUGCAACACAUCAAAAAAUAUAUAUAUCACUAAAUGAAACUGGUGCUUUUUAUGGAAUACAGUACAUUCAAACUCUAUUAUACAUAAAUAAAAAACAAGUAAGUGUUAUCAUAACGCAAAAAUUUUAGGAAAAAACAUGCAUACUCUAUUUCUUGUUUAGAAUUUAAAGGGGGAGGGGUUCAUUUUAGUCGGAAAAAAAAAAGAAAAAAAAAUAAGCAUUUUUCUCCCAAAGGAGGGUCUAGUCACAGAGGAUGGAUAAAAUCCAGAGCAUUGACAAAUACACGCAAAGUCCUAAGAAGGAAAAUAAAAAAAAAAAAAAAAAAAAUGAAUUUAUUGUUUACAGUGUUAAGAUGAGACAGAAGAAAUUGCACUAUGUAUUCGGCAGCCAUAAUAACACACUUUACUAACCAUUACAACACAUAGUCGAUUCUGUUCUAGACUUUAUCCUGCGAGAAGCUCAGUGCAUCGAUGGUGUUUUUGUACAUGGAGAUUUAAAUCAGAUCCAGACUGAAUGACAAGAUCUUCCCUUUUCUUGGGAGGUGCUUCUCAUUGACAUGAUCGCACUUGAAAAAUAACAGAAAUGAGACCUUUUUAUCAGUAGCUGUUGUUUAUUAUUAUUAUCAGCCUCCCUUCUUAUGAUCAGUAUUCGUGCGAGCCGAACGUUAUUUUAAUAAAUAGAGCUGAAAAUGUUACAAAGUGAACCCCACCCCCUCUCCUAAACCAACACCCCUUCCUGGUCCCAAUGUAAAUUACUCUAAACUCUAAAUAUUUGUUUUGUGAUGUAGUGUUAGACUCAGAGCAUCUUCAAGGUUGUCCCUAAAAAAGUGCCUUUGUUCACAGACUCCAUCUUGUAAUCCUCAGUGCCCGUUUCAGAAAAAAAACCCUUUCAACCCGCUUCUAUAUUCUCUCCUUCUUCAAGCUCUUCAAAGCAGUAUAUAUAGUACUAAAGGAAAUCGGUGUGACUUAGUUUCUCUUUUUAUUGUUGAUGCUAAAAUUGAGGAAAAAAAAAAAAAAGACAAAAAAGUCCUUCCUGUCUUGCUUUCCCUUCCUCUGUACUCCUUUCCUUGUCUUCUGCCUCUCUUGGACACUGGAAUAGUCUGUAGUUGCAUAACCAUCUUCUUUCUCGCCCUUCCCCAUUUUCAUUGAAUGGAGGGGUUUUUAAAAGAAAAAAAAAAGCAAAAACUUUUUGUCUGAGCAGAAUGCAGUUAGCUUACAUGUUAUUCUUGUCUGUAUGCUUCACAUUGUAUACCAUACCGAUCUCUUCAGCUUCUCCAUUGAACAGUUAAUGUAAGUGAACAAGUUACACCAGUGGGCUCUGGCGGGAUGUCAAUCAAAGGGUGUAUGAAAGGGAAAAGGUUCCAACAUGGAGCAGUUUAAUCAGAUUUUAGUGAAGAAACUGGUUGGCAUAGGAAGUCCUCUUAAUAUGUGGUGGAAGGAAUCUAGGCUGCUGGGUUACAAUAGGUUUGCGACUUGUUUUGAUUGUAUUUAUUUGUAUUAUUUUUUUAACCAUUUUUUUGUCAAUGUUGCGUAUUUAGGUGGUAUCAAUGCCACACUGAGAAUUGUUUUCAGAUGAUGCACCUUUGCAGUGGUUAUAUGAGACCAGCUAUUUAAACACAUGGAAGAAUAAUGGCCUGAAAUUACUAAGCACCUUAUUACGGAAUGGGUACAGCACAAUGGAUGAGAGAAGGAUACAGAAAUACACACACAAAAAAACAACAACUAAAUUCCAGUUUAAUCUGCAAUUACGAGCCAAUCCCCUCAGACCAAACUGACAAGCUGCAUGCCAUCCACCCUGAACUGUAGUGAAUUAAGAUGCCUUGAAAAUCAUUAAACACACCAGCAAAGGAAUAAUCUCAGGCCUAACAAAUCACAGCCUGAUUAUUGUCCCACGUAAAUAUGCAAACUUUUCCUAAGUACACGAAGCCAGCAACAGUAUCAGCCAUGAUUACAAGAGAUGAGAUCAGAAGAGAAAAAAAAGCCAUAACGUUGUGGACAGAACUUUCCCAGGCCCUUGUCCCUUCCUGGCGCUGACCAUCCAUUACCUUUAGGGGUUGUGUUUUUUGGUAGAUUGUAUAGGGUUUUUGGGAUAAGUGAUAAGCUUAGAGUAGAUCGAUUUCCCAGCAGCCUUUACCCUGGCCAGUAGCUUCUUCACUAACCCUAAAAAGCUAUUGCCCUCCUUAUAGACAUGCCCUCCAGAGCUCAUGGUGAAAUGCAUGUGUUAAUUACGAUUUCUUUUCCAUAAUAAGAAAAACAGUUUGAAAAGAACAGCACCUUUAACUGAUUGAAAUAAAAGGAUGUUCUUGACUGUAA